AAAAAAAGAAAAAAAAAAAAAAAAAAAAGACAGAGCACCGACAACCGCGUCUGCUGGCGAUCGCAGUAUCCAUCGGGAAAAGCAAAGCUGCUGACCCGCUCUGGAGUCCCCGAAAGCUUCGCGGACGCGACGCCUGCUCGGUCUUUCUUUUUAAGUGCUGUCGUCCUCCCCUGCUCCACGUCUUCUUUUUUUUCUUUCUUCCUCUUCAUAGCGCUUUUGUCUUCGCAGCCUCUGACUCUCGCAUACUACUAUACCAUACCUAUACCUCUUAAUUAAUCUCCAUCACAAUGAAGACCUUCUCUAUCGCCCUGGCCUUCUUGGCCGCCACUGGUGCUACCGCCAUCUCCAACUCCGAGUGCGCUAAGAUGUGCAUCAGCAACAUGAACAACAAGGCCUCCGAGUUGGGUUGCAAGAGCGGCGACAUGCAGUGCCUUUGCAACGCCCCCGACUACUCCAACGGUGUCCGUGACUGCACUGCUCAGGCUUGCCCUGAGGACGACUCCGCCGCUGUCGUCCAGUCUGCUCUCUCUUCCUGCCCUGACGGCACCAAGGCUGCUUCCAGCGCCAGCGCUGGCUCCGACAGCACUGCUACCGCCUCUGGAUCUGACAGCACCUCUACUGGCACUGGUGCUGCUGGCGGUGCUUCUGCCACCGACGCUACCUCCACCGGCGACAGCACCGCCUCUGCCACUGGCACUGAUGCUUCCGCUACUGGCACUGCUACCGGCUCUGCCACCGGUACUGGUGCUUCUUCUGGCGCUUCUUCCUCUGGUGCUGCUUCUUCUGGUGCUGCUUCUUCCAGCGGCUCUGUCUCUGGCUCCGCCUCCGCCUCUGCUUCUAUCACUACCUCUGUUGCCGUUACCACCACCAACUCGCAGGGCGACUCUACCACCUUCACCACUGCCACCACCGAAGCCAGCUCCAGCUCCGAGACCGGCGGCUCUGACUCCGGCUCUGGCUCUGACUCUGGCUCUGCCACCACCACCAGCGAUGCUGCAGGCUCCACCGACUCCGAGGGUGCUGCUCCCCGCCUGGCUAUCAACGGUGCCGUCGGUGCCCUUGGUCUUGCUGCCUUCUUCUUGUAAAUCCAGUAAUCGCCACGCGAUUGGAUUGUUGAAGUUUGACAGGCUGUAAGAUUCUUGGCCAGAUUUCAUCUUGUUUCAUUAGUCAUGGGUUACGAUCUUGUUCUUCCCGGGUCCGACUUGUACAUGGUAUGCGACGAGUCAUAUGUUAUGACAAGUAGAUAAUGCGUUAAUUACCCUCUUUGUGAUACCGCCAGAUUGGCAUAAUUUAAUGUGAAUUGUUACGCUC